AUCAGAUUCUCUCCUCAAACCUUUAUUUUUUUUGUUGCUUAUGUUUUUGCUUCCUUCAGCUUCUGCUGAGAUGUGUUGCGCGCUCCUGACAGGGAGGUUAUCGCUGUGUCACUUAAGGACAUCUGGAUACUGAGGGACUGGAUGGAUAGCAUGUCUCCGCAGCAGCGGCAGGACAGCCUCACCCGGGGCGGCCAGCAGGAAAACAGACGGCGAAUGAAGUUCCAGAGUUACCGACGUCAGUCUGCGCCGUCUCUGGUCAUCACCAAGGCUCUCACCAGGUCCAAAACUCUGUCCAGGGAGAGUUUCCUGGUUCCUGCGUUUCCAGAAACCUGCCCGUUAGUCCAGUCCUUUCUGGUCGGCCCCGAAAGGUUCUUCCUCCUCUACGGACACGCCCAGCUGAAGACGGGCAUGCAGACCCAGGACAGACACCUCUUCCUGUUCAGUGACAUCCUGGUGGUAGCUAAAGCCAAGUCAGCCAACAACUUCAAGCAGAAAGCCCAGGUGUGUGUGUGCGAGAUGUGGACGGCGAGCUGUAUGGACGAGGUGUGUGAAGGAAGCACCGCCCCGGAGCGGAGCUUCGUCAUGGGCUGGCCCACCUGGAACUGCGUCGCCGUGUUUAGCUCAUCUGAGCAGAAGGAGAGAUGGCUCUCCCUCCUAAAGAGUCGGAUAAAGGAGGAGAAAGAGAAGGAGGAGCCUAAAACAAUCCCUCUGAGAGUUUACGGGAAGGGACUGAACACCUUUGCUAUUACCAAAACUCUUCCUGUCAGCAACUGGGAUUCAGCCAAUGAGGUGAUCCGCCUGGCCCUGCAGCAGUUUGGCAUUAUAGGAAAUGUCAAAGAUUUCCAGCUGUGGGUCGUCUCCAAGAGAGACAACACACCUUAUCCUCUUAUUGGUCAUGAGUUUCCCUUCAGCAUCCAGAUGAGUCAUGUGAGAGACUCUGGGGUUCAGGGAGGAGGAAGCCGGGACGUCGCAGCGCCACCUGCGGACAGACAGGUGGCCAUGAAGGUGGAGCAGCUGCAGGUGUACAAGCAGUGUCAGUUCAUCCUAAAGCCUCGGCCUGCAGAACCACCGCAGCAGCAGUUACCGGCAGAUUUCUCCCAGAAGUCGUUCAAACGGCGGCGUUCGCUCAUCACCUGGGCCUUCUGGAGAGGCUCCUCAUCUCACCUGAACGAGCUGUCGCUGGCCGGAGCCACUCAAGGCUGCUUGUUCGGUCAGCCGCUCAGCUCCAUCUGCGUGGAGGACGCUCUGCCCAAGCCCGUCAUGGACAUGCUGAUGUUUCUGUACCACGAGGGUUCCUGGACCCGGGGGAUCUUCCGGCGCUCAGCGGGAGCCCGGGCCGUUAGAGAGCUGAGGGAGUCUCUGGAUGGCGGACAGCUUCAGCUUCCUCUCACACGGGAGCACAUCUUCAUCAUCGCCGGAGUCUUCAAGGAUUUCCUGCGGAGAAUCCCUGGGAGUUUAUUGGGCUGUGAGGUGUAUGAGGAAUGGAUAGAUGUGCUGGAGGAAGAGGAGGAGGAGGAAGAACAGGUCCAAGACAUAAAGAGGAUGAUUCGUCGCCUGGCUAAAGAGAACGCGCUUCUGCUCCGCUACCUGUUAGCCAUGCUGCAUGCGGUCCAGGCCAACGCUCAGGAGAACCAGAUGACCAGUUUCAAUCUGUCAGUGUGCAUCGCUCCCAGCUUGCUGUGGCCUCCUGGCGCCCCCUGCAGUCCCGAGGCGGAGGGAGAAGGAGCCAAAAAGGUUUGUGAGCUGGUGAAGUUCAUGAUCGAUCACUGUGUGCAGAUCCUGGGGGAGGAGCCCUCCUCUCUGUUUGGGGGGCCUCCGCAGAGACGCAACAGUGAGGAGAGCGGAUCAGAGUCCUGGGUUUACCCUCUGACCGAUUCGUCCUACGACAGUUUGGAGAAUGAGCUGGACGACAGCAGCGGGGGCUCACCGGGUUUCUGCAGCAGAAGACCCCUUCGAUCCAAACCCCUGCAGAGCAGCCUGGACUCCAUCCUAACGUUCAGCGACUACGACCAAGACACCGACCCAGAGGUGCCGCUUAGCAAGGCUGAGGGCCUGCUGGGUGUCCGGCUGCGCUCGGCAGAGAGGCGCAGGAGGCAGGAGGCCCCAGCUGUGGAGAUCCCCCCCUCCCUGGACUCUCUGUCCCUGGAAGCUCGGCAUUCGCAGAGGCGGAGCUCAGAGCCUGCUAUAGCGUACGCGGGAAAGUUCUGUCCGUACAUGUCGGGCAGUACGGACGGGCUCAGCUGUGAGGAGGAGGACGAACAAUCAGAAAGGCGGAGCAGCAACAUGUCCAGAUGUCAGAAAGCGAACAGCGGAGGCGCUCUGGGGGCCAGCUCAUCCAGUUUGUCCUCUCUAGGGUCUCCAGCUCCAGUUCGCUCCUCCCUGGACUCUCUGGACUCUCUGGACUCCCUCAGCGCAAACCAGACCAAACCAACGCCUCCACCGUCCGGCUCUGCUCCGACCCCGAGCGUUCACGCUAAAGACCAAACACCCAAAGAAGCUCACCACCGGGGGGCGCUGAUAGGCUGCAUGGGCCUGCACCCAAACUCAUGGCUGAAAAAGGAUCGAAGGCUGUCCCUAACUCACCAAGAGAGCUUGGAGAAAGACGACGAGGACAGGAUGGGGGGUGGAACAGCUGAGAAAGGAGCAACGAAGCUGAUCUCCAACAAUCAGCCUAAAACCAAAACAUCCCGCAGAGGCUCAAAGGACGCAGGAGACAAAGGGAACAGCCGACCCUCCAGACCAGAAGCCUCCAGCCCCUCCCUGCUCCGGCGAGCUGCUGGGAGCCUUCGCUUCAACAAACCCACCAGGGUCCAGUCUCCAGAUUCUGCCCUGACGGUUCAGAUCAGCGACCUCGGAGGUGAUGUCGUCACUAAGCGGUGCGAAGCGCCCGAAACAAAGCAGCCGCUGUUCUACAAACACAGCGGGCCGUCGCUGUCCCUGUUCAGACGACAGAGGACUCCCACCGUGGAGGACUGUAACAGCCGGCUGUACCGGCGCCGCGGCUCCGAACCGGAGCGGCUGGUCGCGGACCGGGCCUCCGCCUUCACCAGGGUCCGGCUGCCCAGCGACCCGGGACUGAAGCCGCCAGAGGCAGAUCGGCAGGCCCGUCUCUUGCCUCUCCCCCUGCACCACCAAAGCAGUGAGCGACUACUUCUCCUCCCACCCUCACAGCGAUCCUCAGAGCAGCCAGGAGGUGGCGCUAGCCCUGGUGGAGGGUCAAAGAGAGCGGUUAAAGCGAUGCUGUGAUCCUACAGCCGAGCCUGAUCUGGAGCAGCUUCUGUUUGCUGAAGAGUCGUACGUCUGACAGUAGGAAACACUCCAAACACUCAUCGCUCUAUGCCCUUUAAGUUCAGUUAUAGAAACCAAGAAGAAUUUCUAAGAUCGUUUUAAUCUGCUUCUAUAGAAAACUUCUCCUCUUGCAGGUUGCUUAGUGCCUUUAAGGAAAAGUUCAUUUUCAGCUCCUAUCAGAACCUCCCACAAUAACAUUGUAAUAACAGAUGGUUUUAUAUGCAGCUGCCAACUUUACCUGCUGUUGCCUUUUUUCUUUUAUUUAAAUCAGAAACUCCACCUGUUGUCAUUGGACUGUAUGGUGGCUGUAAAGUUUAAGCAGAUCAGUACAGAUCUACUAACUCCUGCAAUGUUUACUUAAGACUUAGAUUUUAUUUGUCAUUUUGUUUACACAAGUGUAAAACAAAAAGAAAUUUCGUUUGGAACAGCUCUCUGGACAAUUUCAUCUUUUUUUAAAAGUGCAAAAUAGUAAAAAUGACUGUAAAUAAAUUGCUAUAAUAGUAUAAAUGCAAUCUAAUAUAGCUCCACUUUAAACUUUGCAUUUAUUUUACCUAAGUGAAGUUGCCCCCCCUCACCUUCUUCAAAUGGAUGUCAAUUAACUCGACUCUGUGCUCGCUUGUGCAGCAAAAAUCGAUGUUUUUGUUGCUUUUGCCUUGAAGAUAUUAAUGAAAGGUUAAAGGUCAACCAGUCCCCCCAUUAUUAUGAAAUCAGACAAAAUUGGUGUCAAUCACCUCGGCUAUGUUUGUGUAGCAAAAAUUUUAAUUUGUGUUCCUAUCAUUGUAAAGAUAUAAAGAAAAAUUUUCUCCAGGGGUCAUCAGAGGUCAACCACCAUCUUUAAAAGGAUUUCUGCACAAAUCAACUUUGUCUGAUUUGAAGAAGGGGGGACAACUUCGCUCAGGUGUUUAUUUUCACCUGAGGCUGUGUUGCUUUGUAUUUUAGCUAUAAACGAACUUCCUUACACUGUAAAACAAAUAGAAUAUAGUUCAAUUUAGCUUCUAAAGAGAUUUUAAAGUGACUGAUUCAGAGGCGAUUCAUUAGAAAGGUGAUUUUUUUUUUAUUAUUUCUUUUUAUACACCAGUGUGUUCCAGUCUUGUACAGACAAGACAAAAUAGAUCUGUUUAGGAAUUAAUUAUUAAGGCGAUACAUUUUUUUUUUUUUACAGUGUUUUAAAAUUAAUUCACACGUGCAUGUUAACUUUUACCAAGUUUGCUAUGAUUGUUAAAAUUAGGAGACCAGAUUAUAAGGUUUAACUCGGUUUGUACAUAAGUACAUUGUAUUUGAUACUAGAUAGACAAAUUGCUGGUUACAGUUUGCAUUUCACUCUAGAAAAUGUUUUAUAAAAAAAAAAAUGAAACAAAAAACUGGACGACAGAUCUGUGGUAGCCCACAGCACCACCACUUUCCUCCCACCAUCGUGCAUUCUUCAGUCGACGUUGCAGCGUCCCAGUUUAAGCCGAGCCGUCUUUGCUUUGCCGGAUGUCUGCCACGCUCUCUGGGACUCGGGCCACCAUGCCGUCCAGGGAUUUGGUCAGGCAGAUCUGGCAACCCAGACGAGAUCUGCGGCGGAUUAAUAAGAUCCAACACACAUGCUUAGUUUGGUUAACUUUUUACUUACUUAUAUUCAACUUAAUCUGUUAAAGUGGUUUAUUUAUAGGAUCUACAAACAACAAGUUAAACAUUUUUUUGUAGGAUGGUUUGGGCCGUUUUAAACUUACUUUUGUACCUAUUAAAUAUGGACUGGAGUUUCCUAUAAUAAAUAUCUAUUUAAUGAA